GUGGAAUUAUUCCCGGGACGAAAAGAUUGAGGAAAAAGUUAUGUAGGGAACUGAACUUUUGAAAACACAAUGGAUUACGCUGUGUAAUUUAUGCAAGCACUACAUAAUGUCAUAACUCUUGUUUUACGUAUGUACAAACGUUUUCAUAGCGUCUAGGGAUUGGACCCAAGUUAUAUUCAUGUUUCCUGUGGAGUCUUUCUGAAUGUCCACGGACUGGCGGAGAUGGGCGCCGCGAGGCGUCCAGUGUGGUAACGUGACCGAUCCCGGAGAAGCUGGCGGGAACCCCGGGGAGUGUUCUUUGAAGGGCAGGGCGCCCUGGAAUGGGUUCUCCCAAAGAGAGGGGCCCAAGUCCUGGAAAGCGUUGCGGUUCUGGCGGCGUCCGUUGAGCUCUCGCUGGUCCUUGAAAAUCCGGAGCAGUCGCUCCAUCGCCCAUCUCUCACCACCAUUGGAAGUUUGUUGUUACCAGGUGCACGCAGAAGGGCCAGGGGCCAGAGGUCAGACACAGUGUGAGAGAGCCCAGGCAGGUAGGUAGAAGGUGUAAGACAUUGACAUCGGCCUCUGGAUAGGUAGGGGGCUAGGUGGUGGUCGCUCAUCUGCCUGGGCCCAUCCUCUGAUGGGACUGUGGAAGUCAAAGGUGCACGAGGAGGCCUUCAUCAAGGUGGGGUGCACUCAGAGUCCGAGCAGGGGCGGCCGGACUCGAGGGUUGGGGGCAGCACUCCGGCCAUGGAGGUUGGAGUGGGGACUUAAUCUCAGAUUGAAAAAAGCAGAUGGCGAUAGCAAAGGAUACAAAUGAAAGGGAGACAGUGCCACACUGGUGAUGCUGCUUCUUUACUCAAGGUAUUCCCUCCCUAUUGUUGAUCUCUACUACAUCAAUUAUUAAACCUCUAAAAACCCACCACAGUCUGCACUCGCAGUGCUUUCCUUAGCUCUGUAUCCCACACCUUUCUGAUAAAUGACUGAUUGCAGUAUAUCUAUUCUAGACCCUACUGAUCUUGUCAAGUCCCUACAUAUCACCUCUGCACCACAACUUAUCCAGUGUUGUUGUCCCCUGCCCCCUCCUUCCAUAGACACAGAAUUAUGUUUAGAGUGUGAAUGAGUAUGCUAUGAUGAUAAUAUAUGGUCUAUACUCAAAUCUCUCCAGAAUCUCAGUGGAAUGCUGAAAACAUGCCAGGGAGAAAAUGACCUCUGCAGGACAGAGCUUCCUGUCUACAUAAAUGUGCUCCUCUACUGUGUAAAGUCAGUGUCACCUACAAAGAUGUACUGUAACCUCUAGUGCCCAAAGCCCAUUUUAACAUGGGCAAUGCCAUUUAAGACUUUCACCAUUUUGAAGUACUCAACUGGGUGGGAAGGAUUACAAUUUCAUCCAGGUCACCAGGAGGGAUCAGCCAACUAAUUAUACUUGUGAGCACACAUUCCGUAAGUGCAGCUGACAGUAAAUUGCCAACCUUGGCUUUACACCUGUUCAAACAACACUCGUAGAAGUACUAGAAGAAGAAAAUGUUCGACUUCCAAAUGGAGAUGGCCUCAAUGGCGCUGCCCCUGCUCUCACAGGUGCCAUAAUGGGACAGAUACAACUUUGCGAUAUCUACACAUCUCUAUGGUGUCCACAAAACUGAACUGGCCUCCAAAAGCAAAACCACCUAUUAUGUAAUGUGCAUCUGUUCUUGUUCACUUGUCAUUUGUGUGAUCAAGCUGAUUAUGUCUCUGUUUGUCUUGCAGAUAUCACUCUGCGCUCUCCUUCUAUUCUGAUUCCCAUUCCUGAUCUCUCUGCACACACCUCUGUCUAUUCCGCGCACUCUCACUCCCUGUCUGUCUCUUUCUGUUACCCUCUCUGUCCUCCCCCCUCCCUGUGGCCAUGUGUGAUAACGGUGAUACCGAGGACAAGCCCCCUGCCCCCCCGGUCCGGAUGAGCAGCACCAUUUUCAGCACAGGCUCCAGCAAGGACCCACUCUCAGCCAAUCACAGCUCCAAGCCCCUGCCCUCGGUUCCAGAGGAGAGGAAACCCCGCAACAAGAUCAUCUCCAUUUUCUCAGGCGCAGAGAAAGGUGGUAGAAAAAAAGACCGGGACAAAGAACGACCAGAGAUCUCUCCGCCUUCAGACUUUGAACACACCAUCCACGUUGGCUUUGAUGCUGUCACUGGGGAGUUCACUGGCAUGCCAGAGCAAUGGGCACGACUUCUCCAGACAUCAAACAUCACCAAGUCCGAGCAGAAGAAGAACCCACAGGCUGUUCUGGACGUGCUCAAAUUCUAUGACUCUACGGGCAACGGCCGCCAGAAAUACCUCAGUUUCUCCUCCUCUGAAAAGGAUGGUUUCCCCACCGGACCCCAGUCUCCGGUCAAAAAUGUCACUGAACCCUCAUCGACCAAUAUCAAGGACAUUGAUGAUGAUGAUGAUGAUGAAGCUCCCCCACCCAUUGUGGCACCACGUCCAGAAUACACUAAGAGUGUGUACACUCGCUCCGUCAUUGACCCCAUCCCCGCUCCAGCCACAUGUCCAGAUGGAGACUCGGCCUCCAAGGCUGUAGACAGACAGAAGAAGAAGGGAAAGAUGUCAGACGAGGAGAUCAUGGACAAACUGAGAACUAUAGUCAGCAUUGGAGAUCCUAAAAAGAAGUACACGAGAUAUGAAAGAAUUGGACAGGGGGCUUCGGGGACAGUGUACACAGCCAUUGAUGUUGCCACAGGACAAGAGGUGGCCAUUAAACAGAUCAACCUACAGAAGCAGCCCAAGAAGGAGCUGAUCAUAAAUGAAAUUAUGGUGAUGAAAGAGUUAAAGAACCCGAAUAUUGUCAACUUCGUAGACAGUUUCCUGGUGGGAGAGGAGCUCUAUGUGGUGAUGGAGUACUUGGCUGGUGGCUCGCUGACUGAUGUGGUGACAGAGACCUGCAUGGACGAGGCUCAGAUAGCUGCUGUCUGCAGAGAGUGUUUACAAGCACUGGAGUUCCUUCAUGCGAACCAGGUCAUCCAUCGUGACAUCAAGAGUGACAACGUGCUAUUGGGGAUGGAUGGCUCUGUCAAGCUCACCGAUUUUGGUUUCUGCGCCCAGAUCACUCCAGAGCAGAGCAAGCGCAGCACCAUGGUGGGGACGCCUUACUGGAUGGCACCUGAAGUGGUGACCCGGAAGGCCUAUGGGCCAAAGGUUGAUAUCUGGUCCCUGGGCAUCAUGGCCAUUGAGAUGGUUGAGGGGGAGCCUCCAUACCUCAAUGAGAACCCGCUAAGAGCACUGUACCUGAUUGCUACCAAUGGCACUCCAGAGCUGCAGAACCCAGAAAAGCUGUCCCCCAUCUUCAGAGACUUCCUUAACCGCUGCCUAGAAAUGGAUGUGGAGAAGAGAGGCGGGGGAAAAGAGCUGCUGCAGCAUCCCUUCCUGAAGCUGGCAAAGCCCCUCUCCAGUCUUACACCUCUCAUCUUGGCUGCUAAGGAGGCCAUGAAAGGCAACCAUUAACCAAACAAACAACCAUGCCUUCCCAUGCUGUGCCAGAUUUGAGGUUUUGUGCCAGACAAUAGACUGAGUGACAACCCAACUCUAUAUGCUCCAGCCUGAUAAGCCCUGACAAACCUCACUGUGAAGAAGUCCAAAAACAUCCAGAGCACAACCCAUCGCUGACCAUAUGAACUCUUUGAUUCUCACUCAAACGUUUGAAGACAACUCAAAUAAAAGUGCUUAUUUUCAGAUCCAGGCUGAGUUAUUUGUACAAGAAAAAAAAAUGUUGGGGCUAGAUUAGUAUUUAACAUGGAAUUAAGAUAUCUAGUUCUUACUUUUUGGAAGAAAUUUUACUGCCUUAAACAAAAUGCAAAACAUAGCCUAAUGUAUUGUUGAUUGUGUCAAAAUAUUUUCCCAUAAUUGUUUUUUUCUUUGUAAUUUUUCCUUUUCCAGCUUGUUAGUGUCCUCUUAAGCAUUUUGAUACUUGAAUUUCAUUUGUGUCCCCACUGUGAUCACGUUAAGGGCCUCUCACUUAAUGAAACUGUUAUUCCCACCUGGUGCCACAUUUCAUCUUUGGUCUUUUCUCAUUUGUUAUAGGACAGACAUUUCAAAACAUUCCCAUUAUUACAGUGAAUAUUGUGAUAUUGAUGACGAUAUAGGGUUGCCUCAUUUGGUAGUGCUACCAUCAUUUUCCUCCUGUGUCAUUAGUCCCUUGGUAGUAGAUGUGCACCCUUAUGGGCAAAUUCAAUGGAAGAAUGACAGGGUUUAUUCUUGCUUGGGCCAACGUUCUUUGUUCUCAUAAAAAUGUUUUGCUAUAUUGUAUAUGUCAAAUUCUGUACUUAAAAUUGUGCUUGUUCAUAUGUAUAUUGUGUACCUAACUAGACGGAAAACAGUGGAUAUCAGGCCGGGUACCUUUUUUGUAGGCUAGAAAAGGCAAUGUAUAUUUACUGUUUCUUUUAUUCUAUUUGGAUUACUAACAAUCUGACAAUUGUCUGCAAAUUCAAAUAAAUGCAGCUGUUUGUCCUUA